AUGGGAGAGAGAUGGACGAACACUGCUCUACUGGUUAUCGAUAUGCAGAGUGAUUUCAUAGAGGAAGGUUCUGUGAUGCAAGUGAAAGGAGGAAAAUCAAUAGUUCCUAAUGUUAUUAGAGUCGUCGAACUCGCUAGGGAACGUGGCAUUCUCGUAAUUUGGGUUGUUCGAGAACACGAUCCGCAAGGAAGAGAUGUUGAGUUAUUCAGGCGUCAUCUCUACAAUUCUGAGAAAGUCGGUCCAACUGUUAAAGGCACUGUGGGUGCAGAAUUGGUAAAUGGACUGACGAUCAAAGAAAGAGACUAUAAGAUAGUGAAAACACGUUUCAGCGCCUUCUUUGGUACCAAUCUUCAUUCGUUCUUGCAAACUUCCGGUGUUAGCAACUUAGUGAUUGCUGGUGUUCAAACACCGAACUGUAUCCGACAAACGGUUUUUGAUGCAGUGGAGCUGGAUUAUCCAUCUGUGACUGUUAUUACAGAUGCCACAGCUGCUGCAACACCAGAGAUACAUACCGCGAAUAUUCAGGACAUGAAGAAUAUCGGCGUCAAGACUCCAUCAUUACAAGAGUGGUCCGAAGAGUUAGCUUGA